CGAUAUUUUCUAUAUAGUCCUUGCGAAGGAUCUUUCCGUUGGCCUAAAGCGUGACAGUUCACAGAUUGCCGGCCCUUCAUAAUCCCCAAAUCUUGUUCAUCUUGACCGCCACUUACACGACCAGUCAUAUGACAACGAGACAGUGAAUAUUUGAGAGGACCACCACGGCUCUCCCAACAUGAAGUUCGAUUUCUUGGUGUUGGCCGCCGUAGCCAGCGCAUCAACACUUACGCCCAACGUCCUGCCCUUGUUUGUUCGCAACCCGUACCUGAGUACAUGGCUUGGAAGUGCUCGCAAAGCACCAUGGGAAGACUGGCCCAUGUUCUGGACCGGAUCUCAUCUGGGCUUUUCGGUCAUGGCAUCAAUUCCCGACUCCGGAAAGAUCUAUCCCCUCAUCGGACGACCUCAUGAUUCGCUUCGUCGUGGACACAAGCUUUACAGUAUCACCUUUCCCGAAUACCUAGGACCUACUUUCGACGCCUCGACCACGAACCUGACUUACCUUCUUCACGGAUCUUCCUUAGACGAGCCAGUGAAAAUCACACUUUCGUUCCUCUCCCCCAUCACUCCGUCAUCCACCCUCAGACAGUCGAUACCUGCUGCGUAUCUUACCAUUAUUGCCGAGGGUUGCUCCAACGUAACGAUUUACACCGACGCCAAUGGCGAAUGGGUCAGCGGGAACAGGGCGAACGAGAUCAAGUGGGACCUGCACGAGCCCAAGGUACCGGAAGAAAGCGCUGAGAAAACCACGCCCAUCAAGACGUGGAAGUGGUCACGUCAGACAGAGCAACAUCUGACCGAGUUCUACGAUCACGCCGAAUGGGGAACCAUGCACUUCACCGGUCCGGCUGAUGCUCAACAUGAAGCGGGCACCUCUGGCCUUCUUCGUCAACACUUUGCUGAGAAGGGCUACCUGAGGAAUCAAAUUGACCGGGACUUCCGUCGCAUCAUGCAAGAAGAGCCCGUGUUCGCUUUUGCAAAGACCUUCAAACUGGCCGGAGAGUCCAAGAAGAAGGGCUGCUCAAAGACGGAAGACAGCGCGGUGUUCACCUUUGCCCUCAUCCAAGACCCAGUGGUGCAAUUCGCUUCUGCUAGGGGUCUGACUCUCAUGAAGCCGUUCUGGGCUUCGCACUUCGCCUCACCCGACGAGCUGGUCCGUUACCACUACAACGAUUUCAAAACUGCGUCUUGGCUAGCUCGAAACUACUCUGAUUCGCUAGCUCGUGAUGCCUUUGAGUCCGGAUCAGAGAGUUAUCAGGAUAUCGCCGCGCUUUCUGCCCGCCAGGUUCUCGGUGCCACCCAGUUCUCCGGCACCCCUGAUGAUCCCAUCAUCUUCCUCAAGGAAAUCUCGUCAAAUGGCAACUUCCAAACCGUAGACGUCAUCUUCCCUGCCUUCCCAUUUUUCCUCUACACGAACCCGAAGUGGCUCGGCUACCUUCUCGAACCGCUGCUUGAACACCAGCUGAGCGGGCAAUAUCCCAACGACUACAGCAUGCACGACCUUGGCGCCCAUUUCCCCAACGCGACUGGACACAGCGAUGGCAACGACGAAUACAUGCCGGUUGAGGAGUGUGGAAACAUGCUUAUCAUGGGAUUGGCUCUCGCCAAUGCCUUCCGCUACGAUACCGAACCCGCCUUCGUCCAGGCCGCCGCACCUCAUGCCGUUGCCAACGCCAUCUCGUCAGCCAAGGACUGGUCACGCUCCGUAGACGAAUACGGUUUCGACCUAAGCGGACAUCGCGACCGCAAAACUAAUCUCCAAACCACCGGGUCCAAAGCCGCAGAAAAAUGGCUUAGCCGCUCCUACUCCCUCUGGAAGCAAUGGACCGGCUACCUCGUGCGCGAAUCGCUGAUCCCGCACAACCAGCUCUGUACUGAUGAUUUCGCUGGGUGGCUCGCUAACCAGACAAACCUGGCAUUGAAAGGCAUCAUUGGCAUCAAGGCCAUGAGCGAGAUCGCGGAUAUUGUUGGCCACGAAGACGAAGCUAAGCACUAUAGAAAGGUUGCUGCUACUUACAUUGACAAGUGGCAGGAGUACGGCAUCUCGAGGGACCGGACUCAUGCCAAGUUAGCGUAUACGUGGUAUGGAUCUUGGACGACGAUAUAUAACCUUUAUGCGGACUCGUUAUUGUGUUUCCAUGUUCCUUCUUCUUCUUCUUCAUCUUCGUCCUCCUCAAUGAAGGAGCACCAAGACGAACGAAGAAAGCGGGGCUUCGGCCGAUGGUUCGGCACAGCUGGCGACCAGAAACCCAUUGGUGGCGGCGGUGACGGCGAUCAUGACAGUGGCGAUACCGAAAAACCAUUCAUCCCGGACAAGGUUUACCAGAUGCAAAGCGACUGGUACUCCGCCGUGCUACAAAAGUAUGGCCUUCCGCUCGACUCGCGACACUUGUACACCAAGAGCGAUUGGGAGUUUUUCGCGGCGGCAGUGACGGGGAAGAAGACGAGGAUGGAGAUGUUGGAGGCCAUUUCGUUGUGGGUUAAUGAGACUGUUACUGACCGUCCUCUAACCGACCUCUAUGAGACCGAAGGCAAUGGUGGUUAUCCGGGCAUUUACUUCAUGGCGAGACCGGUGGUUGGUGGUCAUUUUGCUUUCUUGGCGCUUGAAAGGGCUUGUGGGGGGAAGGCGGUGGAGGCGCUGAGGUUUAUGGAUGAGGAGCCGGCAGGGAAGAAUGCGGUUGAUGUUGAUGAAGAUUUAAAGGCUGAUAUGCUGGAGGCUAAACAGAAGGGGUGGGUUGGCGAUCUUUGAGUGCGUCGGAAUGUAGGAACUCGGGACUCUUGAAUUGGAUGCCGUUAGCCUGUCGAAACACAAUGGAGUACAAUCUCUCGGCUCGCUCGCUGCCUAGAGUUUGACCUAGU